UGAUCUCUGUACCGCGGGAGCACCAGGAAAAUAGAGAGAUGGAAUCCCAAGGGAAGUUUUGAAGAGAAAUCAUUAUUUAACUACGUUUAUUUCAAGUUAGAUAAAAAAAAAAUAGAACACGAAAAUGGCAACCGAGUUUGAAGAAGGAACCCUAAUACCUAACCUGGCCCUUAGUGUUAUAAUCAGACCAGUUCUCGAUGAGCUCUCCAAAGAAUACGAUGAUGAUACAGUCAAGAAAAUCCAGAAGGCAUUUCAUCAGGCAGAGAAAGAAAACCCAGGUAUCACACAAGAACUUGUCAGUGGAAUAAUGAAGAAAGAAUCAGAUGGUAUCAACAUGAACAAAGCCCUCUUGAGCUGUGCAGGGUACAAUACAGAUGAAUACAACACAAAUAGAGAAGAGCAUGAAUUUGUGAACCUAACAAAGAAGGCAAGAGAUUUAAAGACUAUUCUAUCAAAAAUUCCAUCAGAGAUAAAUGACAGAUCAAAAUUUCUACAAACAAUCAAAGACAUUGCAAGUGCAAUAAAGGAGCUGCUUGAUGCUGUAAAUGAGGUUUUUAAAAACUGUCAGACAGUUGGCAAGAUGCAGCAAUACAAGAAGGUUCUCGAGCACAACAAGAAAGAAUUUGUGAAGUAUUCCAAGAGUUUUAGUGACACUCUUAAACAGUACUUCAAGGAUGGAAAGGCAGAUGCUGUCUAUGUGAGUGCCAACCGCUUGAUCAAUCAGACCAACAAUAUCCUGUACACUUUCAAGCUAGCAGGGAGCACUUAAUUUUAGAAAAAAGAACACUACAUAAGGUCCCUUUCAGUAACUAACAGGUAGCACUUAAUUAUAGAAAAAAGAACACUACAUCAGGUCCCUUUCUGUAGCUAGCAGGGAGCUCUUAGUUGCAGAAAAAAGAACACUACAUCAGUUCCCUUUCUGUAGCUAGCAGGGAGCUCUUAGUUGCAGAAAAAAGAACACUACAUCAGGUCCCUUUCCAUAGCUAGCAGGGAGCUCUUAGUUACAGAAAAAAGAACACUACAUCAGGUCCCUUUCUGUAGCUAGCAGGGAGCUCUUAGUUACAGAAAAAAGAACACUACAUCAGGUCCCUUUCUGUAGCUAGCAGGGAGCUCUUAGUUACAGAAAAAAGAACACUACAUCAGGUCCCUUUCUGUAGCUAGCAGGGAGAUCUUAGUUACAGAAAAAAGAACACUACAUCAGGUCCCUUUCUGUAUACAUGAUACAUCUUACUGUAACAACAGGUACAAUUCUCGAUCCAACAUUAUGGAUAGUACACCAGUAACUUAUAAGUUACGCAAAUGAGUUACAGCCAAAUUCCUAGUUUCUGCCCAGAUUUCCAAGAAUUAAAGGCCAUAUUAAACGAGGCAAUUUUUUUUCUGCAACUUGCAAUGUAACAAUCAUGAAUAAAAAAAUUACAGGUUGCAGAAACAUGAUACUUUUCUUUCAAUUUGUGAAAAGAAGAACCCAAUUUAUGCUUUUCUUUCAACUUGAACACAACGCAACAAUACAACAUUGCAAGUUGCUAACAGGGAAUUUUUCACGCAUAAUUUUCUUGUAACUCGCAUUGCAACAGAUAUGGUCCUAAGACUGCAUAAAACUACAAUUUAUUUUGUUCUUGUAGCCCCUAACAUCUAAUAGAUUUAUGUGCUAUCUCUAGACAAGACACAGAUAUUAAUUUCUGGGUAUUCAUGAAACUAUGAUUUGGCCGUAAGUGGAGGGGGUUUUCAUUGACUGUUUUUAGCAUACCAUAGAAUGAGAUAACCCUGGAUAGAGAGGAUGUGUAAAUAUAAGUACUGAUUUGGUUUUAUUUCUCUGUUAAAAAAAAUAAUAUCACAAAUGUUAAAAUUUGCCUAAAAACCCUUUUUACCCUGCUACUCAUUACCCCAUGCACUCUUAACAUUUUGUACAAAAACAUACCUCAUAUUAUAAAUAAAACAAAGAAAGAAUUGA